AUGUUUAGGCAAAUUCUCGUGCAUUCGAUCACUCGGUAUUUGGUUCCUUCUUUCACUCAAAUUCUCGAUCUUUCUUUAGUUAUUUCGUUUCAUUGUGUUUUUGUCCUUCAGAACGCUUGUGAUAAGAGUCCCCAGUGCCAAAAUAAUGCAAAUUGCCAGUCUGGAUUUACAUUCAAGGGAUAUCGAUGCUUGUGUCCUUCUGGAUACAAGGGAGAACAUUGUGAAAAGGGUACGAGUCUAAGUCAACACUUGAAAUGAACGUAAAUGAGAUUCUUUUCUAAUUUUCAAUGCUGGUAUGACAACUGUUCUUCAGUUGCUGAAAGUGGAGUGAAUUUGUUUAUUAUAAGGUGCUGAAUCUUUCCAAAAGAAAAUUUCUUAUUGUAUUUUAUUGGGCGUGUGUAAUAUAUUCUUCGUUCGCUCGUUUGUAUAUUUUCGUUUUGUUUUGGUUUGUCUCAGUUGUUUGCUGUUUGUUGUUGUUGCUGUUUUUUGUUGUUGUUUUUUGUUGUUGUAUUAUUUUUCUUAUUUUUUUUGUUUACCUUGAACGUUCGACGCCUUUCCAUGGCAAAAUAAAAGCAGUUUAAAAGUAAGUCGAAUGCUUAAUAUAGUAACUGCAAGGAGAGCUCAGAAAUAAUAGCUUAAUUGGAAGUUACCACCAGAGAACCACUCAAAGCAGGAAGUUACAAAUAAAUUGAGGUUUUUGCGAAUUUCUGAGUUCCUAUGGCUCUUUGAUAGAAAGAAAACGCUUAUGUCUUUACUUGUUAUUUUAUUCGUGUAUUUUCGCCCUGCUUCCUUCUAAUUCGACGACAGAUAAAUGUCGCAAGAAAGCGAGAUUGUCGUACAUGAAGAAAACAGGUUGUCUUUGAAAAAACUAUCAAUUUUUUUAACUUUUAGUCGCGCAACUGCGCCACCUAUUUUUUUUGAAUUGACACAUGGCUUUCCACGUUACCAAAAUAAACAACAACGAAAAACAAUCAUCUAAACAAAAGCUCACUAUACUAGUCAACAAGAUUCUGAAGGCUUUUGAGACUGUUGACUGUACCUGUACAAUUCUGUCCAUCUCCGAUAAAUCCAGGUUUACAUGUGCACAAAUAUGAUCCGUGUGUGUUAUUACACGCAGCCUCUUCGUGGCAUUUGUGGGGGUUUGCUUCGCAUUCAUCAAUAUCUGUUGCAAAAUUAGAAAUGAAAAAAAAAUUGAAUAAAAUAUCAGCUUAAGACAUAAGCAUUUCUGUUUCUAACAGAGUCAUAGGAGUUCGCAAAAACCUUAAUUUCAUUUCAGCUUUCUGUUUUAAGUAGUUCUCUGGUGGGACAUUUCAAUUAUGCUAUUAUUUCUGAAUUCUCCUUGCAGUUACUCUAUUGUGCAAUCAAGAUACAUAUGAACUGCUCUGAUGUGAAUCAAAUCACCUGUGCAAUUUUGUCCAUCUCCAGUAUAUCCAGGCUGACAAUUGCAUACAUGUGAUCCAAUGGUGUUUGUGCAGUUUGCAUUCUCACGACAGGAGUGGUUUCUUUGACACUCAUCAACGUCUAUGAAAUCACAGAAAAAAAAAAAUGAGAUUUCUAAAUUAUACAAAACCUGCUGUGCAUACGCCAUCACCUUGUUAAAAAGUGCAAGUCAUAGCUGUUUUCAAUCCUUUGCUGGAUUGCGAGAACGCGAGACUGUCGUACCUGGUGAAAACAGGUUAUCUAUGCAAAAGCCAUCACUUAAAAACUUUUAGUUGGGUAACUGUCUCACUUAGUUUGAAGAAUUAAAACAUGGCUUGCCACUUUAUCAAAAUAAAUAUCAACCAAAAAACCAACUAUUUACGGUUACCUGUACAAUUAUGCCCAUCUCCGAUAAAUCCAGGUUUGCAUAAACACACGUACGAUCCGCAUGUGUUAUUACACGUAGCCUCUUCGUGGCAUUUGCCAAUGGAUGCUUCACGGAAGGAAGCAGGGGAAAAAUACACGAAUAAAAUAAUGUUUCUUGCUAAAGGUUUCAGACAAUCGUGGCUUACACGCUAUAACAUGGUGCUGGCUUAUGCACGACAACUUUUCCAUAAUCGUGAUACCCUCUUUUCUAUCUAUUAAUUCAUAGACGUUGACGAGUGUAAAGUAAACAACUCUUGUCACGAGAAUGUAAACUGCACUAACACCUUUGGAUCACACGUAUGCUACUGUCAGCCUGGAUAUACUGGAAAUGGACAAAACUGUACAGGCAAAUUUAAUGCAUAUAACAGCAGUUCAUAUGUUGUAUGCUUAACUUCAAGGAGAGUUCAGAAAUAAUACCUUAUUUGAAAGUUUCCACCAGAGAAGCACUUAUAACAGACAGCUUCGAAGAAAUUGAGGUUUUUGCGAACUCCUAGGAUCCCAUGGCUCCUUCAAGAUAGAAACCAAAAUGCUUACGUCUUUAGCUGAUAUUUUAUUCAUCUUUUUUUAUCUUUUUCUUUCUAAUUUUACGAUAGAUAUUGAUGAAUGCGGCACGAGCCCUGGCAAAUGCCACGAGAAGGCUGCGUGUAAUAACACACACGGAUCAUAUGUGUGUACAUGUGAACCUGGAUUUAUCGGAGAUGGACAGAAUUGUACAGGUACAGUCAACAGUCCGAAGAGCCUUCAGAUUCGAGUUGACUAGUAUAACGAGUUUUUGAAUGGUUGGGAGUUUGUUGAUGUUGUUUAUUUUGGUAAUGUGGCAAGCCAUGUUUUAAUUCUACAAAAUAGGUGAAGCAGUUACUCGACUAAAAGUUAUAAAUUGAGAGAUUUUUACAUAGAUAACUUGUUUUCUUCAUGUACGAUAAUCUAGCGUUCUCGCAAGCCAGCCAGAGGUUUAGCUUGCAGCUUUAACACGGUGCUGGCUUAUGCACGACAACUUUUGCAUAAUUUUGGUACCGUCGUUUUUAUCUGUCAAUUUAUAGACGUUGACGAGUGUAAAGGAAACCACUUUUGUCACGAGAAUGCAAACUGCACCAACACCAUUGGAUCACAUGAAUGCUACUGUCAGCCUGGAUAUACUGGAAAUGGACAAAAUUGCACAGGUGAAUUUGAUGUAUUUUGUUUAGUAUUAAAAAAGUCCACCUGA